CGCUUCGCCAUGUACGAGCGGGUGAGCGUCGCCGCCGUCUUCGGCGCCUCCGACAUAGACGUGCUCAACUUCCAGGUGUCGGAGCUGCAGACGCCGCUGGGCGUGCAGAAGGAGGCCCUGCUCCGCUGCGCCGACAUCAUCGCCUACACCUUCGACCUCGAAUAAAACCUCGCGCUCGCUC